UCCUCAUUGGCUGUGCUUGUUUUUAUUUCUGUUAAUGCAAAACAUCUCCACCGAAUGCUUUAUAGCCGUAUUUAUAAUAAGUGAAUGAAAACGGGGAUAAUAAGUGAAGGAAAGAUGUCGGGUGCCGGGGGAGGGAAGCGGCCCUCGGGAGGGGACAGUCCUCCUGGCCCACCUGAGAAAAAGAGCAAGAAAGAGGAGAAAACCACCACGACGCUUAUCGAGCCCAUCCGCAUAGCGGGAGUCUCCUCCACGGAGGAAAUGGACAUGAAGGUGCUGCAGUUUAAGAACAAGAAGCUGUGCGAGCGGCUGGAGCAAAGGCAGGCGAUGGAGGACGAGUUACGAGAGAAAAUAGAAAAGCUGGAGAAGAGGCAGGCUACCGACGACACGACCCUGCUGAUUGUCAACCGGUACUGGUCUCAGCUGGAGGAUAACGUUAAAGUUUUGCGUAAAUGCAUCGAGCCGGAGUUGGCGUCUGGCCCCGCCCCGCCCUCUGCCCCGCCGCCGGAAACCAUGGCGACGGAGGACAAUGGCGUCGCUCUGACCCUGCCGACCUCGGCGGUUCCUCCGCCGCCGCUGCCAGAGGCCCAGAGCGAAGCCGGCCUGACGGACCAGCAGCUCCAGCCGGAAGAGCGGCAGGAAGAUCACCAGGACGAGCUGCAGCAGCCGGCGCCCCCUGCUGGAGGAGACGAGUUAACGCCACCGACUGAACCGCCGUCUGAUCCAAAAACAGAUGCGUCGCUGCCUCCUCCUCCUCCUCUCAGCGAGAAUGCGAAGGGUUUCCUGGCCACGCUGGAGCAGAGCGGCGAGGAGGAGCUGAGUUUACACCUGCAGGACCGCAUGCUGUUCAGCAAGGACGCCAUCGGCCACCUGGUCCGCGUCUUCGACCGGCUGCACGCGCGCAUUGAUGACAUGUGCACGGCUAUCCAGGCUGCAGCAGGCGAGGAGGGCGGGCCGCUGGAGGACAACGUCCGGCUGAGGGACCUGGCCACGCUGCUGCAGGGACGACACCACAAGAUGUCCAUGGAGUACAAUGAGUGGGUGGACAAAGUGACCAGUGCAGAAACCAAAGUGUCUGAGAUGGAGACAACGGUGGAGGAUCUGCAGUGGGACAUCGAGAAGCUUCGCAACCGGGAGCAGAAGCUCAACAAACACCUGGCGGAGGCCAUGGAGCAGCUUAAGUCUGGCUACAGCAGCACCGGCAGCUCGGGCGGAUUAGCCGGAGGGCAGAUAACGCUCAACAUCCAGAAGUUUGAGAGCCUGAAUGCGGAGCUGGAGCACAACCAGGAGCUGGCCAACAGCCGCAUGGCGGAGCUGGAGAAGCUGCAGCUGGAGCUGCAGGAGGCCGUGAGGGAGAGCGAGAAGCUCAAGAUGGACCUGCGAAAUAUUCCAGAAGAAGUCGUGAAAGAAACGUCAGAAUAUAAAUGUCUGCAGUCUCAGUUCUCGCUGCUCUACAACGAAUCUCUGGGGGUUAAAACUCAGCUGGACGAGGCCAGAGCCCUGCUGCUCACCACCAAGAACGCUCACCUCCGGCAGAUCGAGCACAUGGAGGUGAGUCCGCCUAAACACACACCAUGAACCUGAACAUUCAGUACAACCAGAUUAAACCUGUUUUGGCCUAAAAGCCGGUCUGAUGCGGAGCGUUGCCUCGGUAACAGCAGCGCGUUACGGCAGCGGGAGGCGAAGGUUUUCCUCGACAGAAGCAAAAACUGAACAUUUUUCAACUUUCUGGUGUUCAAGCUCCAAAUUUCACAAAUGACUCAUCAAACACGUUCCACAGGAAAUGGAGAGUUUCUGAACGAAUGCUUAAAACAAGAUGGCUGCCUUUAGACCGUCCUGAAUACAAAAACGUUUCAAAACGUGCAUACGGUGGCGGUUUGUGAUAUGGGCAGUUGCCCAGGGCGGCAUCAGAAAGGGGUGGACACCAAAGAACUAGAGAAGAAAAUGCACCUUAUCUGUCCCCUGAAUAUGUUUGCUGCUCUUCCUAUGCAUCUGCAGUGGAGUCAGUUUCCCUUUGUUGCUGUUCAGUACAGGGAGACUCUGUGGAUUUUUAUAAUCAAUCUCUCCAGGAGCUUUUGGAGCUCCACGCUCCUCUAAAGUCGAGGCUGGUGUCGUUCUCCCGCUCAGCUCCUUGGUACACUGAUGAGCUGCGGAACAUGAAAGCUGUUGGUCGUGCUAUCGAGAGACGUGUAAAAAAA